AUGGCAAACGCCAAUUUUCACUUGGAAUGCUUUCGGCCUUGGAAUCCUUCCCAAGAGAAAGGGCAGCGGAAUCGUCUCGAUACCUGUCGUUACCCGAGUCCUGUCUCCAUCUCUGCUACGCCGUUUCCUUCCGAUCCUACGGACCUCAUUCCACAGAGCCAGAACAGUCAUGCUCCCAGACCUGAGCGACAUCCCCUUCCUGUGCGGCCACCGGUGGAGGUUUGUGUGGACGGCGGUCUCCAACCAAAAGCUCAAAUCACUCAACAUGAGACGGAGAUACUGCGCCAAACACCAUCUAUUGAUCCUGAUACUGAGGUCUUUGACUGGGAGGGCUCCUCUCUACAUUUGGACGGUCUAUCAAGCUCUGACAAUGUGGACCAUACAAUGCUUUCUGAUCAUACUAUGCAGAAUCCUGAGAAUGAACCUCCCAGUUCUGAGUCAGGCGACCUAGAUCUCGCUUUCACUCCCGAUCCGCAUUUUCAGGUUGGGAUUCUUGGAAGCUCUAUCCAGACCGGAGCUUUCUCAAACUUUGCAACAAUCGACCCAGCAAUUCUGGGGAGUAGCCAUUCCCAGGAUGCUGAGCAGGCCCAAGCAAAAGAAACAACCUCCGGUUUCACAACACUCCCAGACAGAUUUGUGGCUGAACCACCUCGCAUCUUCAAUGAAGAUGCUCCCUUUGAAGGCAGGCAACAUACUUUGAAAAGGACGCUGAAACUUGGCCGGCAACCUUCCAAAAUCAGCAAAGUUUCAGUGGUCGUUGAAAAUCGCGACAGGAACCGGGCUGGUCGUUCGACUCACGGACUUAGCCCCAAGAAUGUGUCCAUUUCUACUGUCCGUGCCCAAUUCUCCGCCCUUCCGGUCGAAGACCGACUACAAUUCUUGUCGUGGCUAUUUGAAGGCGCCUUAUCUCAGUGCCUCCAAAUGCCCUCUGGCACAAAUGACGCCUCAGCAUCGACGUGUAUUUCGAGACAGGAUGAAAUUUCGGAACCCUGGUCUGAACACUCAACCACGAGUGCCGGAAUGGAUGACGCGAUAUGCACUCGUCCCUCGAGAAAAGGAUUAAAAUGGUCUGCGGAAGAGGAUCGGCUAUUGGUGAAGCUCAGGGAGGAAGAAGAGCUUGCUUGGCCGGAAGUGACCAAGCGGUUUAGUCGAGUCUUUCCCGGAAGAAAGCAAGGCUCCCUACAAGUGUACUGGAGCACAAAGCUUAGCAAACAGAAAAUAUGA